GUAUAUAAGAACCUAUGUCUUCGCAGGUUUUUGACAAUCGACUUUAAGCAUCGGAAAAGAGACGAACCAACUGGCUCAUCAUCACUUCUUGAACUUAAAAAUGAAGUUAGCUUUAAUUUUCCUUUCGGCUUUGGUGGUAAUCACUCAUCAACAAUUCCAACAACAACCGAGCGGAAGGCCUUGGUGGUCACCGUAUUCCUACCCACAGCAAUUGCCCAGCAUAGUCGCUGAUCGCCGAGAGAUUUAUUACAACUUGCAAGACGACACCAUUCCGUCCAUCCGCCGAUCCUACAGACCAGUAAGACCCGUGCCCUUCUUCACACAGAAUGUCGAGUUGGAUCCAAGUUUUGUGGCUGAUGACUACUAUCAUGAUGAUUUCAAUGCGGAAGAAGACUAUCCGGACAUGCACUCGAGAAAUAAAGUCUCAACGAUUCGCUACCGACCUUUCUCCAAUAACCAACAGCAGCAAAGAUUUUUCUUGAACAACUUCAACAGCAACUUCAACAGCAUUCGGACUAAAACGAUUUCGUUUACUCUAACGUCAACUGUCAGCCUGACCACUGUCCAGUCCUGCAUUGCCGCAGUCAAGUUUUUGGACGACGCUGCUAAGACAACGCCCUGUCGUCGCAAGCGUGAUAUCCUCGAAAAUUCUCCAGAAGAUGCGCAAUUCGUUAUUGCUCCAUCGGAAACACAACGAGUGAUGCCAACGGCACUUCCAUCGCUGGAUGUGAUCCGAGAAAAUCGACAACUGCCAGCAGUCGAUGAUAAAAUUUCCGGUUCCAUGUCGUCGGUGGAAAACUCGAGAGGCAAAAGAUUUUUAAAUUAUUCUGUGACUUCAGUCACUGUUACAAGCUACAGCUUUUUGUCGGAAACUGUCAAAAAAGCCGUCAACAUCGGUGGAGAUGCUGCUGUACUCUGUCUUCCAUCUGGCUGGGCUGUUUGCUAAAAAGAAAGGAGUGCUGAAAACGUCGUCUACAAAAUGUUUCAAUUGACAAUAAUAUUUGCUCUUAGAAUAGUUUCUGUACUUUUGUGUCUUUAUGCUUAUCUAUUCACAAGAAUACACUUUUGCAGGCAGAA